AUGAACGACCGACCGACCGAUCGACCGACCGACCGAACUGAAUCGAUAGGAGACAGUGAGGUAGUGGUUGGAGGACGUCGUCAUGGUCGUCACCGCGUCUGGCUGCCACAACCACCACCACCGUGGUCGCUAAUCUUGGAGCAUCUCACUGCCGCUGACUGGCGAGGCAGCGGUGGCGAGGCGCGAACUGACGCUCGCCUUGUGCCCGCCGGUCGAUGCCCAGUUGUCACCUUGCUAAAUUCUAUCCCGUUUCCUCCGCCGUUGUCAUUCUUCGCUCACGAACCGAUAAAACCAUAG